AUGAAAAAAGAGAAGAAGCCAGCGGUGAUUGAGCCCAGCAAAAAGCUCCUGGUCAUUUCCCCGAGCAUGGGCAGUCCCGUGACACAGCCACUUAUUGCCCUCUUCCUGGGCAUCAAGAAAGACGCAGUUAAGUACGUUGAUAAAGACGGAAUAUACCAGCCAACAACGUCCAAUGCGUCUGUUUCCAACGGGAAGCUGGAGGCUUUGAUGAAAAAGCUCGACUGUUCGCUCUUUGCAUACAUAUACUCCAACAAAAAAGGCGAGUCCAGAGUCAUAAUAGGGCGCACAUACGAGUUCCAAAUAGUAGAUUUGGCGCAGUACAAAGUCUCCCACGAGAUGCAAAGCGUAGACAUUCUCAGAAACACCCUUCAUGUUCUAAUGGUUCACAGAGACCCGCUCUCCGUUGAAUCAACUUCCCUGAAUUUGGUGAUGGAUUUGCUGAGAGACUCCAUUCCCGGGGCUGUGGGAUUGGGCGUUGUAAAGUACGGAGUUGGCCUGGACGUUACAAAAGACCGGAUAACGCUAGACGUCGUGGAAGUGGAGGCUUCCCCGUUUCGGGUUGUGCCCGUUGCUGGUCCCGUGCACUUCGAGCUGAUGGAAGAGCACCGAAUGGGCUGGAAGCAGCAGAAGGAAGCGAGCAAACAGAUCAGGCAGACGGAGAAGAAGGUGAAAAAUGUCGAGAAAGGCUUUUUAAACAACACUCUUGGGGUGCUCCACAUUGAAAAACAGGAUCUGCGGGAGGUGCAGCUCAGCAAGGGAAAGGCCCUGAGAGGGAGCAGAAGGCACGUAUAG